AUGUCUCUGCAGGUUGAGGACCACCGAAGGGCCCGGUCGCGCUCCCCCGGCAGGCGCGACCGGAGCCGCAGUAGAAGCCGUGGCCCCCCCUUGGUCGUCGAGACCGACCCCUACGGCGACAGGGAGACCGAGAGGGAGCAUGAGCGCAUCUACGAGCACGAGGAGCGCCGCUACCAGGCGCCCCUCUCGCCCAGUGACGAUCCCUACUACCGCCGCCCGAGGAGCCCCGCCGCCGACAACCCCGCGCGCGUGUCCUACGGCGACCUGAGGUACGACGGCGACUACCGCAGGGACAGCCCCCGCGAGAGGCAUUCCGACUCGGACCGCGACAAGGACCGCAGCCGCAACCCCACCAGUCUGAUGGACGCCUUCCUGCCGCAAAAGUACGCCAAGAAGCUCGAGAACUCGGAUGCCUACAACUACAUGACCGCCCCCAUCUCCGACAAGUCCAGGGAGCGGUCGCGCGACCGCCGCGCCGAGAGGAAGGAGAAGCUCGACGAGGACCUCGCCUAUGGCAAGCUUCACUCCCCGCCCGUCAAGGAUGCCCGCCCCGUCUCCCCGCGGCCCCCCGCCUCCCCGCGCCACUCGCCCUCGCCCUCGUAUGAGUACGCCAAGCCACCACAGUGGGAGUAUGAGAGAGAGGACAGGCUUUCUUACUCACGCGACCCGCGCUACAGCUCCGACGCCCUCGGCGUCGGCCACGGCCACGGCAGCUCCUCGCGCGCCCGCAGCCGCAGCCCCGCCCCGGGCCACCACCGGGACAGGGAUCGCGAGAGGAAGUCCCAUUCCCACCGCGACUCGCUCACAGCCGACCCGCGCGGCUCCUCGGCCAGCGUCGUCACGGUGGAGCCGGGCGAUGCCCCGCUCAAGAGCGCCAUGAAGCGGUCCUCCUCGCCCCAGCCGCCCGUCAACAGGAUGUCGUCGCUCUCCGUGUCCACGCCGUAUCACCCGGGCCCCGGCGGCCUGUCCGUCUCGGCCGCCCCGGCCUCACCACUGCUCGAGUCAUACCACGGGACCUACCAGCAGAGCUCCCCGAUGCCGUCGCCCCUGCUGCUCCCGACCCACUUUCACCCGGGCGAGGCCCAGGUCAUGGACGUCUCGCCGAUCGGGUCUGAUGACGAGCGCAGCGGGAAGAGGCGCUCGCGAAGGGCCCGUUUCGCGGACCCCCAGGACGACGCCCAGCGCCUGGCGGAUGCGCUCAAGGGCAGCAAGCCGCCGCGUACAGAGCCGCUGAUUGAGAUCCUCCCUGGCAUGACCCACGAGCAGGUCAUGGACCUGCGUGUCGAGUACAAGCGCCUGGUCAAGACGGGGCCGGAGCGCAAGGGCGUCAACGUCGCCAAGCACAUACGCGUGCGUCUCAAGGAUGACGACCCGUCGCUCAUGAAGGCGUGCUACGCCACGGCGCUGGGCCGGUGGGAGUCGGAGGCGUACUGGAGCAGUUUCUGGUACCAGGGCGACAAGACGCGGCGCGAGCUGCUGAUCGAGAGCCUCAUGGGCCGCACAAACGAUGAGAUACACGAGAUCAAGGCCUCCUUCACCGACAAGAAGUACGGUGACAGCCUCACGCGCUGCAUGAAGCAGGAGCUCAAGGAGGACAAGUUCAAGAAGGCCGUGCUGAUGGUCUUGGACGAGCAGAGGAUGGACGACUUUGACCGCCAUGGCCGCCCGCUGGAGCUGGACUACGACCUGGUCAGGAGCGACGUGCACACCCUUCACAAGGCUGUCAAGGCCGAAAAGGGCGGCGAGACCGCCAUGAUCGGCAUCGUCGUCAUGCGCAGCGACAGCCACCUGCGGGAGAUCUUGCGGGUGUACAACGAUGAGUACCGCGCCAACUUCGCGAGGGAUGCGCUGAAGAAGAGUGGAAACCUGGUGGGCGAGCUACUCGCUCACAUCCUCAACGGCGUGAUCAACAAGCCGGUGCGAGACGCGCUGCUGGUGCACCACGCGCUGACGGCAUCCAAGAAGGACGGCCUGCGACGAGAACUGCUGACGUCGCGCCUGGUCCGCUUCCACUGGGACCGGCUUCACCUGUCCGCCAUCAAGCGAGCGUAUUCCGAGCGCUACGGAAAGGACAUGAUGGAGGCUGUCCGAGACGGCACCUCCGGGGAAUGGGGCCAGUUCUGCCAGGAGCUGUGCAUCUCACGAAUGCCUGACGACGUCAAAAGGGUCGAGAGGAUACAGCUGUCCAGGUGA